AUGUUGCCACGGUCCAAGCUCACAAAGCGACUUGCCGCCGCCGCAAAAGUGAGGCAGUGUCGCCGCCUUUCCUCGUCCACGGCGGAGACAGGCGAGAUCAAGCCAAAGCAGGCCAAAACUGCCGACCAUGAGAUUCGCGAGAAGGCACGCCGUAUAAAAAAGGCAGAGCGAGAUGAGCGUAUGGAUAUCACCAUGUCCAUGACCCCGGUGAAAGAGUACAUGGGAGGUUUCACCCGUCCGCGAGACCUUCGCAUCUCGAACUGGUUCCCCGGCGGAGCCUACCUCGCCAAACGCAAGAAAUACGAGCCGCCUCCGCCAGAGGCGUACACCUCGCACACCGUCUUCCUGCUCGAGACUCGCUAUCCCGUUCGCCACGAGCUCGGUCGCAAGGACGCGAUCGAGCACUUUGUCGGCGUCUGCCGCACCGGCGACUUUCCCGCCGUCCUUCGCAAGAUGAACUCACUAAACAGCCCGAGCGAGGCGCGCCUCGCGAUGGACAAUGCUAUCUGGCCAUGGGUUCAUCCAAAGGCAAUCAAACGUCAGGUAUGGUUGGAGAAGGGCGAGACCCUCCAGGAGACACUUGCACGCCUCGAGAAGGAGGACGAGGCGGCUGUGCAGGCGAUGGUCGAAUGGGAGGAGAAAAGGGAGCGUGAGAGGCCGAUGGAGGAGGAGGAGGAGGAGCGACAGGCGCAGGAAGCGACAUCCUCGCGCUACCAGCGAAAUGGACUGCGCCAUCCUGAUGCACAGCGCUUCUUCAAGCGACAAGGCCAGGGCCGACAACCUGGGUCUCACGAGCUUGUCGCGACCGAGCUUCUCCAUCCAGAGGGCAGCGAUGGCCAGAUGUCUCAACGGCGCAUGUUCCACUUCUCCCUCCGGGCUGCCGCCGAUGAGCCCGGGUUCGUCGUGGUCGCGUCCGCCAAAGCCGUCGCAGGACUCGGAUGA